GGUAGAAGGGCUGAGGCUAGGACGGCAGAAGGUGCUGUCAUCCUCUCACACACUGAAAACAAAACUUCCAAGAAUACAAAAGUUGUAUUCUUUGUUGUCACUUUGAGAUUUCCUUUUACAAAGGCUCUUGAGAGCCCUCUAAAGACUUUUGCACAGGAUUGGGUUUUUUUUGUUUGGGUUUUUGUUUUGUGUGUGUCCCCGAUACCCAGAGAGAAUCACCCUGCAAUGUCUCUGAGAGGUGAUGUGUGUGUGGUGACAGGAGCCUGUGGAUUCCUGGGAAAGAGCCUGGUGAAGCUGCUGCUGGAGGAAGAGAAAAUGGCUGAGAUCCGACUGCUGGACAAACAUGUACAACCAGAGUUUCUGAAGAGUCUGGAGGAUUGUAGAAGUGACACAAAACUGAAUGUUUUCGAGGGCGAUAUCAGGGACUGUGAUUUUGUGAGAGAAGCCUGUCGAGGUGCAUCGGUCGUCUUCCACACUGCAGCCAUCAUUGACGUGACUGAAUCUGUGAAGUGGAGUGAGAUUUAUGGGGUCAAUGUCAAAGGAACACAGCUGCUUCUAGAGGCAUGUAUUCAAGAGAAUGUGGCGUCCUUCAUCUACACCAGCAGCAUUGAAGUGAUGGGACCAAACUCCAGGGGUGAACCCAUAUUUUAUGGCAGUGAGGACACAGUUUACGACUGCACUCUGAAGUUCUCCUACAGCAAGACCAAAAAGGAGGCUGAGCAGAGAACCCUGCAGGCUAACAGUGAGGUGCUUCAAAAUGGAGGCCAACUGGCCACCUGCGCCCUCAGGCCCAUGUACAUCUAUGGGGAGGACAGUCACUUCCUUUUGGGCCAUAUGCGUGACGGGAUCCGAAACAAAAAUGUUUUGUAUCGUACCUCUCGAGCAGAGGCCAGGGUGAAUCCUGUCUAUGUGGGCAACGUAGCUGUGGCUCACCUCCAAGCAGCUCGCUGCCUCAAAGAUCCACAAAAGAGAAAUGUUAUUGGAGGAAAGUUGUAUUUCAUUUCUGAUGACACACCACCCAUAAGUUACUCGGACCUUAACCAUGUCUUGAUGUCACCUCUGGGCUUCAGCAUUCAAGAGAAGCUCCCACUGCCGUUCUGUCUCCUCUAUGUAGCCUGUUUCUUUUUGGACAUUCUGUGCACGAUGCUUCGACCUUUCAUACGCAUCGCCCUGUGUCCUAGAGGUGAUGUUCAUAUACAGUUACUUUGCAACAGCUAAUAUGUUUUCUGUAGA